GGGCAGUCACACAAUCGCAAGCCUUUUGCAGGCGAGGCUGGGCGCGAUGGGAGAGGAGCGCUCAGUGCUGCAUCUGGACGGCCGUGCGGCUCGUGUUGUGGCGGGCAUGACGAGAUGCCGCCUGUGACAGCGGUGUCGGGGUGAUAAUGAACGCCUUUAGUAAGUGCUGGGAUGGAUGAGGAAGGUUUACCGUCAGCGCGGAGUGGAAUCACAGCGUGCCGUUGCGCCUCUUGGCUCCGCGAUGGUGUCACCUCUGUGCGCUUUUCCCUCUGCUAUCCGGACAGGGGACACUGGCAGAGAAGUGACACACCGGCGUCGGAAUUUACACAAUUAACAGUCUCAGAAUAGACGGACGAGGGAGCAGAGGUACUGUCAUGGAGAAACAGAGCAGAGUCAAGGAGGAAAUGCCGACAUCGAAGGACGAAAAGCGCAAAGAGAAGAAGCCCAGAUCUGGCAAGCUUUUCCGAAAGAAAUCGUUGAAGUCCGUGGGGAGCUUUAUGAACAGAAUCAUCAAAACUUUGGGCACUUUCACCCACUUUGGAGACGGCGAUGUGCAUGACGCGGAAGACGACGACGGGGGGUUUCGGAAUGGCGCACCUUGCACCCUCAGCGCCAGCUCGGGAAUCAUCAAAGAAGAUGUGCAGGUGGCUUGGGACCGCGUGGCAAAAAACACUUCGAGCACGUCUUCUUCUCUGUGCACAGGCAGAGAAAAACUCCUUUACCAUUACGGAGACAAAAUCCCAGGUGUCCUGGGGCUGAAAAACCACGGGAACACCUGUUUCAUGAACGCCGUGGUCCAGUGUUUGAGCAACACGGACCUGCUCGCAGAGUACUUGGGCUUGGAGCGAUACAAGCUGGACCUGAGUCACACCAGAAUUAACGGGAUGCUGAGAGGUGACGAGACGCGGCUUGUCAAGGGAGAAGUCACGGAGCAGUUGGCAUCACUUGUCAGGGCUCUGUGGACCCUGGAGUACACCCCACAGCUGUCCGUGGACUUCAAGACUGUAGUGUCCAAGUAUGGAUCACAGUUUCGUGGUAAUUCCCAACACGACGCCUUGGAGUUCCUCCUGUGGCUGCUGGACUGCGUCCAUGAAGAUGUCACUCUGGCCUCCCACAAUAACAACAACAAGACCAAAGCUCCCGAAAAGGGCCCCGGUGGAGCUGAGGAGGUGCUGUCUCCUGACUUGUCCCAGUCCCAGCAGCCUGGAGUCCAGCACAGCUUUGUCCAGGAACAUUUCCAGGCACAGUACAAAUCUUCACUGACAUGCCCUCACUGUCUGAAACAGAGCAACACAUUUGACCCUUUCCUCUGCAUCUCACUCCCCAUUCCUCUUCGCCAGACCAGGCCGCUGUGUGUGAUCCUGGUGUUCAGCACCAAAGGACAGAGGUUCCUGCGGGUCGGGCUGGCUGUGCCUCUCUUUGGGUCUGUGGCCUACCUUAGGAGGAUGGUGGCUGACGAGGGAAAACUUUCCCCAGACCAGGUGAUCCUGGCAGAGGUUUACUCCAUAGGUUUCCAGCGCUCCUUCUUUGACGAGGAGGAUCUGACCAGCAUUGCUGAGAAUGAUGUCAUCUACGCCUUCCAGGCUCCGCCCCUCUACAUCAGAGGAGGCUCUGCACGGAUCUCAGGUUACCAUCACAGCCUCCCAUCGUCCCCAUACUCCACUGGUCCUGAAGGUCAGAGGUUACCCUCAUCUGGGACGUUGUCAUCAGAGUUCCUCAACCAGGGCGUCCCUGUAAAGAUUCUGCUGUUGGUGUGCAACGCUGCAGGCGCCGGCCAACAUGCUGUUAGGUUUGGGCCUCCAUUCCUAAUGAGGGAGGACCGGUCUAUUUCCUGGGACCAGCUGCAGCAGAGCAUCCUCAGCAAGCUUUAUUACCUGAUGAUCAAUGGAGCUCAGGCACAGAAUACCAGAGUGCUGUUCAAUGUCCGUGUGGUGGGAGGAUCAGCGUUUUACAGCUACCUGUCACCUCAGGACGGGCGGCCACUUUACCACCCUGCUGUCGACAGAGCUCUGAAGCUCUGUGGCUCAGGAGGACCUCCACAUGUGAAGCUCAUCAUCGAGUGGGAGCACAGAAUCAAAGACUGCCUGUUUGGAAACAUUCAGGAGGAGGUGGUGAAAGAUGCAGACAGCGUGAGGAAUCAGCAGCAGCAGCACGUCCAACAGUACAGCUGCACCUUGGACGAGUGCUUCCAGCUCUACACCAAAGAGGAACAGCUUGCCCCAGAUGAUGCCUGGAAGUGUCCUCACUGCAAGCAGCUGCAGCAGGGCAUGGUGAAGAUGAGUCUGUGGACGCUUCCAGAUAUCCUCAUCCUCCACCUGAAGCGCUUCAGACAGGUGGGAGAGCGGAGGAACAAGCUCACCACAUUCGUGCACUUCCCCCUGGCGGGCCUGGACAUGGCACCUCACAUGGUGAACCGCAACCACGGCACCCACCCGCCUCCUCUCCAGCCUGGCUGGAAAGCGUCCAGGCGACCUGAUCUGGUCCCUCCCGACUUCCUGUACGAUUUGUAUGCUGUGUGCAACCACCACGGAGGAAUGCACGGUGGACAUUACACAGCCUUCUGUAGGAACUCUGUGGACGGUCAGUGGUACAGUUAUGAUGACAGCAGUGCCGAGCCAGUUCCAGAGGCGGAGGUGUGCACACGUGGAGCCUACAUCCUCUUCUACCAGAGGAGAAACACCAUCCCACCUUGGUCUGCCAGUUCCUCAGUCACUGGGUCCACCAGCUCAUCCACUUCUGACCACUGGCUGGUUCGGCUGGCGGGGGACAGUAACAAGGACAGCGUAGUCUCAGGAGGACCCAUCCCUGGACCUCAAGGGCCUAUACAGGCCCCAGAGUCUCCUGAGCUGCCAGUGUUUGGGGAGGAACCCCUAAAAACAGUAGAAACAAAUGGGUUUGAAGCAAAGCCAUUUGUCCGUGGGACCCAAGGCAGGAGUGUCAGCAUGAGAUCACCAACUAAAUCCAAGGAGGCUCUGAGCAAAGUUCUGCCACUGCGGUGGUCUUUUGCCUCCAAGGACCGCAUUAAACACCCAGUUCAGACCCAGCCUGGAGAGCUGGUGGAGUACCUGGAGUCUGGGCGUCGGCCACGAUGUACCAAAGACCCUAUCAUCACACUGGUGGCCACCCCACCACAAAGGAAUGGCCAGGCAAAAUCAUUUGAAGUAGGACAUGACUGCAGCUCGCCUAGUGGUAGCAGUCUUAGUUGUACAGAGAGACCCAGCUCCGACACAUGCUACUCCCCUAAACUACCAGCUGGACAGAGCAGACCUUGUGUGGAAAGAAUCAUCAACCAUGGAGUCUGUAACAACAGCAGUGUCAAAGCUAGAGAUUAUGGGUCUCUGAGGCAGAGGUCAUCUAAGAAAGUAAAGCAGGACCAGGGCAGCCCCCUGGACCUCCAGAUUCAACUUCAGAAAGGAGCCAUUCUAAUGGGUCAUAUCAGCCACAGUGCACCCCCAAGCAGAGAUUCCACACUGAGAAAGAACAAGGUCCAAACCGGGGUGACAUACAGGGCACAAAAAGACUUGCUACAGAUGGUCCUUCAGCCUGAUGAAAGGAGAGGGCAGAGGGCGCAGGAGGGCCGCAGCCACGACAGCCUCUUGUCUUUUUUCAAACCAGGCUUCAUGAAGAAAGACAUGCCUGGCUCACCAAUCAAGGGACAAGACAGGCGUCUGAACGGCCACGGACAACUGGGAAAGCUUGCAAGCAGUAAUUUAGCCAAACUGUCACUCUCCAAUGGAACUCUGACCACAGUGGCACAAGAAGGGAGGAAGGCCAAUGUCACCCCAAGCUGUGACGCCCAUAACUGCAAAGUACACCUAGUGAACGGACAGGCUGGGAUUCACGACCCAGUAGACAUUAAGCGUGCUCACAGCUCUAGUAACAUCCAGACCAAGCUGGAUGUGACGUUCCGCAGGUGUGCCUCCCUGCAGAGGAACGGCGAUGUAGUGGCACCUCCAGCCCACCGCAUCCUGCUGUCGGACAAGCCCGGCUACUCCACCCUGCAGCGGACUCGUUACAGCACCACCUCACUGGUGCCUCUGUGACUGUUGAACACUUGGACCUCUCUACUGAUUCCUAAACACGGCGCCCAGAGAAGCUCCCAGCAGGAGGCAUCGCUGGAAAUAAAGUCUAUCUUCUCGCUCCCCUUCAUAGUACUGUUAUAAGUUCUUACCUGUGUGUGUCUUAAACUAAAUCUAUGCAGAGCUGAGUUAACUGAGGAGAAAAACCGCUGUAAGAUUUGUUUUCCCUUAUUUUGUUUUAAAAGCAGUGUGCUGUUAAUACAUGGAUUUAUUUUGACCAACAUUUGAAAAGUUGGUUAGGUGAAUUGGAAUGUUUUUAGCCCAUUAUACUUUGAGAAAACCAACAUCUGUUCAGAAGGCAGGAAAUCAACCUGAACAUGUUUGUUAUGCAUUGGAAUCCAUUCAGCUCAUACAGUUUACAGAUAAUGGAUUAUGACACAUUUAACAUGUCAGAUUGUUAAAAAUUGCAAAAAGUACUAACAUCUGCAUUGUAAAUGAACUGCUACAACAUAAUUUUCAUGUUAUAUUACCAGUGUGCUUUCUUUAAAUCAAAUUUCCAUAUUUUGCUGCAUGGGCAGGGCUUACAUUGCAAGUUAAAUUGUUAUUGCAGGAACAAUUAAAUUGAAUCAUACUGGCAGCAAGCAGAGAUUUAUUUCUGUGUUUCAGGCAAUAAUUCAGAAAACAGUCUACGACUUGUAACACAUCAGACUGCUAAACCAUGGGAGAGGUUUGUGGAUUUUUAUUUGUUCUGACUAAGAAAUCUAUUGCCCACCCCUGAAGCUUGCAGAGCAAUAAAAGAGCACUUCUGUAUUAGCACCUCUGCUUAGCGACAAUGUGAAUUUUUAUCUGUUCCACUGGAGUUGGGUUUUAAUUGUUGCCCAUUCGAAGCAAGGCUCAGUUUGAGGCAGUUCUCUCAGUUCUCUCGUGAACAGAGGAUUCACGCUUUUUGAACUGAACACCACCCACAUUUAUUCUUUCCCCUGCAGCCAGGGGAGAUGUGAUGAGUCCAAACGGUAAUCUGUGCUUCGUCACAUUCAUCAGCUGUUAUCAUGUAGCCACCACAGACGGUGGAGCAGGUCAUGAUGCUCCCAACGCCUGUUUAAUGUUUUCACAGUCUUCAGUUGUAACCACAAUUUCUGUGUCUGUUCAAGGCUCUUUUGUUUACUUAUGUGUUGUAAAUCUGUCACUGGGGUUUGCUGGGGAAUGUAAAAAUGCGAGCCUAGAUCGUUAGCGUAUUCACAUUUCAUGUUGUGCCAUUCAGCAUCACUGUUUAACAACACUUUACCAAAAUGAAAUGAUAGUGAAUGAAGGAUGUUUCUGAGACAUUAUUUGGGAAAUAUAUUUUAUUAUUAACUUUUUUAAAAGUCUACAUUUUGUACCUGAUGUGUAAUUAUGUAAUUUAAGUACCAGAUUAAAACUGUAUGUUUCAGGUUACUCUUUAAAGUCGGAUUAAUGUGAAUUGGAGACGACACACGAAGGUCCCUGUCCUGGACUGUCUAUAAUGUCUGCUUGAUGUGCUGCAAGUUUUAUGGAUUGCAAAUUAAACACAACUUUUCUCACAAAUGAA